AUGAAGUUGAUUGCUAUUGCUCUUUGUCUCUUGGCUCUUUCAUCAGCUAAGCUGUGGAAAAACCAGAUGGAAGAUGACAAACUUUUCGAAACGGAAGAAAACUCUAAUGUCUUCUGGUACGACCAGAGAUUGGACCACUUCAAUCCCCAACAAGAAGGAACUUUCAAGCAGAGAUACUACGAUAUUGAUCAAUACUGGGAUCCAGAGACCGGACCUCUCUUCUUGUACAUCUGUGGUGAAGGUACUUGAAGACAACCAGCCGACAACAGUUUUGUAGUUAAUCUUGCCAAGAAAUUUAACGGAAGAGUUCUCGCUUUGGAGCACAGAUUUUAUGGAGAGACUCAGCCAACCGAAGAUUGGUCAACAGAGAACCUCAGAUUUUUAACUCCAGAUCAAGGACUUGCAGAUCUUGCCCAGUUCGCUACUGAGAAGUCUAGAGAGUUCAGUGAAAAACAUGGCAUCCCACAUAGAAGAUGGAUCUGUGUAGGAGGAAGUUACCCAGGGGCUUUAUCCGCUUGGUUCAGAUACAAGUAUCCACAUGUUGCAUUUGCUUCUCUCUCAUCAUCAGGUGUCGUUAAGGCUAUAGCUGAUUAUCAUGAAUAUGAUGAACAAGUCUUCUUCUCUACUUCCAAGAGUGGAUCUGAAUGCCCAGAGAGGUUCAUCAAAGCUCAUAAAUACAUUGAAAGUAUUGUGAACUCUGAUAACAGGAUUGAAGCUUUCAAGACUUUUGGAUACGACAAAGACAUGGUUGACGGAGAGUUCUACUAUUUUAUUGGAGAUCUUGUUGCUGGACCAGCUCAAUAUGGUGGAAGAACUGACUUCUGUAAUGGACUGAUGGCUGUAGAAGAUGAUAUGGACCAAAUCAUUGAAUACUUGGUUAACUUUGCUAAGCAAGGAGGAAUGAAUCUCGAAACUUACACCGCUGAAUUCACUGCUAACACUACAAUUGACUAUAGUAAGAACAUGAGACAGUGGACAUACCAAACCUGUGCUAACUUAGGAUAUUUCCAGACUCCUGCUAAGGCUGAAGGAGUUCCUCCAAUGAGACCAGCUAAUAUUGAGCUUGAUUUCUGGGAAGAUUUCUGUGAAAGAACCUUUGGAAUUAAUAUUUUCCCUGAUGCCGACCAUUGGAAUUCAAGAUAUGGAGCCAAGACUCCUGCUGCUACCAAGAUUAUCUUCACUAAUGGUGGAGAAGACCCAUGGCAGCAUGCUAGUGUCACCGAGACUGACAAUCCUCAUUUGAUUCCAAUUGUUAUUGACUGUGAUGAUUGUGCUCACUGUGUUGAUCUCCACGGAGAUUUCCCAACUGACGCUCCAGAAUUGACUGAAGCUAGAUCUAGAAUUGCUGAUAUCUUCGAGAAAUGGAUCCAGGACGAAUAUACUAUGGAAAAAACCUUCCCCUCUGAAGCUAUGGCCAACCUGAGAGAACUUCUCAGCAAAUAA